CUGAGUGCGACACAUUUCCAGUUUGGCGAGCCAUUACAAGCCGCAGUCCAGCUCCCGCUGCCCACUCCCCGCGCCAGAAUUCAAGUUUAAGCCCGACUCGAGCCGCUCGACCACUCAGUUCACAUCCGAAACGCGUCGCGUCAACAACGCGCAGCUCGGACUCGCCAAGUGAAGUAACUCAAGACAAUAGUCUAGGAAAGGUGCGCAGUAUGUUCGUCUUACUCGGAGUCCUCUGUCUGCUGCAGGCGGGCAGCUUGGUGCCGGCACAGCUGUUGACGCUGCGCGACGGCAAGGUGGGCGUGAAUUUCGCAGGAUUUCACGCAGAUGCGGGACUCGGCGGACUCCUGACGGGCAACUCUGCCCACGGCGGACUCAGCGCCUCGGCCGGAACUCCGUGGGGCUCCCGGGCAGCCGCCGGUCUGGGCGGCAAUCUGGAUGGACGAGCAGCCGGCGUGGGCUACGCCGCCGCCCAGGCCAAUCCCUCGGUGGGAGCCAGCGCCCUUCUGGGCGGCAGCGCCGGCGAGCACGGCUACAUCGGAGCCGAGGCCCACAGCCCGAGGCACAGCCUGAUUUCCUCCUCGCAGCACACAGACCAGCCGGCAUAUCCUGCUGAUCCUGUGCCCGCUUCACCAACCGCCGGUCCGGUCGUCACCAGCCACAUCCAGAAGGUCAAGCCACCCAAGAAGUACUCGCUGACCAGACAAGAUCCGGACCGCAGUGAAAUCAUUGAAAAUCAUGUUAAAGCGGCCGCAGAUGCCGAUGCGGUGCCCCGCCCACCUGCGCCGCCCACCCCGCUGAUAAUUGUCAAGCGACCACGCGCACAUGCAAAGCGACAACGACAGCGGCAACGCGUCGUAUACGUGAUGCAGCAGCAGCAGCAGCCGCAGCAGCAGCAGCUGGAGCAGCAGGAGCAGCAAAUUCCGGAGGAGGCAGCCCAAAAGGACGAGCCGCAGUCGAGCGUUGAGACGAGGAGCGAGGCCAAGGUGGUCCAGGCCCACAAGUACAAGUUCGUCCAGCGACCCCAGGCCGUGAGCAAUCGCUUCCUGGCACCUCAGGCCCACGGAACCGUGGGGCAGGCCCUCGAUAUUCCCAUUGGCAUCCUGCGAUCCCUGCAGCAAUCCCUGGGCGCCCUGACCGGAGGAGUAGUUCCUCAGCCCGCACCAGCUGCAGUUGCAGCUGCAGGUGGCCAGGUCAACGCCCAGCAUGGGUAGAGAUGUAUCUUGGACUGCCAUUGGUCACUAUGCAAAAUCCACCCACGAGCUUGGAAAGCGAUUAAUUGCUGAGCACACGAAUUCAGUGAAAAUGGAAGAUGACCAAUUAAGUAUGGGGAAAACCUUUAAGCUACUCUGCUAGUCUACACAUAACUUGUUUGAUUGCGAAUAAAUACUUUUUAGGGUA